CCGCGCCGGGGCACCCUCAGCUCGAGCGGAUGGCGACUGCAGCCAGCUGGCGCUCCUGCGGGAGGAAGUGUCCCGGCUCCAGGAGGAAGUCCAUCUUCUCCGGCAGAUGAAGGAGAUGUUGAUGAAGGACCUGGAGGAGUCGCAGGGUGGCAAGUCCUCUGAGGUCCUCUCGGCCACGGAGCUCAGGGUCCAGCUGGCCCAGAAGGAGCAAGAGCUAGCCAGAGCCAAAGAAGCCUUGCAGGCCAUGAAAGCCGACCGGAAGCGCCUAAAGGGUGAGAAGACAGACCUGGUGAACCAGAUGCAGCAGCUGUAUGCCACGUUGGAGAGCCGGGAGGAGCAACUACGGGACUUCAUCCGCAACUACGAGCAGCACCGCAAGGAAAGCGAGGAUGCUGUGAAAGCUCUGGCUAAGGAGAAGGACCUGCUGGAGCGCGAGAAGUGGGAGCUGCGGCGCCAAGCCAAGGAGGCCACGGACCACGCCACAGCACUGCGCUCCCAGCUGGACCUCAAGGACAACCGGAUGAAGGAGCUGGAGGCGGAGCUGGCCAUGUCUUGGAGAUUUAAACUCACGAGUGGACAGUUUGUGACAGGUUCCUGUGCUCAGAACUCACAGAUACACCCGCCCCAUCCUACAGGACUAAAGGCCAAGCAGUCCUUAGCCACACUGACCAAGGACGUCCCCAAGCGGCAUUCACUCGCCAUGCCCGGCGAGACGGUGCUUAAUGGCAACCAGGAGUGGGUGGUGCAGGCAGACCUCCCGCUGACCGCAGCCAUCCGGCAGAGCCAGCAGACUCUCUACCAUUCACACCCCCCCCACCCCGCGGACCGGCAAGCAGUCAGGGUAAGCCCCUGCCACUCCCGGCAGCCCUCUGUCAUCUCCGACGCAUCUGCCGCUGAAGGCGACCGGUCGUCCACGCCAAGCGACAUCAACUCCCCCCGACACCGGACACACUCCCUCUGCAACGGCGACAGUCCCGGCCCAGUUCAGAAGAACCUGCACAACCCCAUUGUACAGUCACUAGAGGAUCUUGAAGACCAAAAACGGAAAAAGAAGAAAGAGAAGAUGGGAUUCGGCUCCAUCUCACGUGUCUUCGCCAGAGGGAAGCAGCGGAAGUCCCUCGACCCCGGCCUCUUUGAUGACUCCGACAGCCAGUGCAGCCCCACGCGGCAGAGCCUCAGCCUGUCGGAGGGCGAGGAGCAAAUGGACCGGCUGCAGCAGGUGGAGCUGGUCAGGACCACGCCCAUGUCCCACUGGAAGGCGGGUACCGUCCAGGCCUGGCUGGAGGUAGUCAUGGCCAUGCCCAUGUACGUCAAGGCCUGCGCAGAGAACGUCAAGAGUGGGAAGGUGCUGCUGAGCCUGAGCGACGAGGACCUGGAGCUGGGCCUGGGCGUGUGUAGCUCGCUGCACCGGCGCAAGCUCCGGCUGGCCAUCGAGGACUACCGCGACGCCGAGGCGGGCAGGAGCCUGUCCAAAGCCGCUGACCUGGACCAUCACUGGGUGGCCAAGGCCUGGCUCAACGACAUCGGCCUGUCCCAGUACUCCCAGGCCUUCCAAAACCACCUGGUCGAUGGGCGGAUGCUGAACUCCCUGAUGAAGCGGGACCUGGAGAAGCACUUGAAUGUGUCCAAGAAGUUCCACCAGGUCAGCAUCCUGCUGGGAAUCGAGCUGCUCUACCAAGUCAACUUCAGCAGGGAGGCUCUCCAGGAGCGCCGGGCCCGCUGCGAGACACAGAACAUAGACCCCGUGGUCUGGACCAACCAGCGGGUGCUCAAGUGGGUGCGAGACAUUGACUUGAAGGAGUACGCAGACAACCUGACCAACAGUGGCGUCCACGGUGCAGUGCUGGUGCUGGAACCCACGUUCAACGCUGAGGCCAUGGCCACCGCCCUGGGCAUCCCCAGCGGAAAGCACAUCCUCCGGAGGCACCUGGCGGAGGAGAUGAGCGCCAUCUUCCACCCGGCCAACUGCACAGGCAUCCGGGAAGCUGAGCGAUUUGGAACACCCCCCGGGAGGGCCUCCAGCAUCACCCGGGCAGGGAAGGAGGAGAACAGUGGUGGGAUCAAGUACAAGGCUGGCCGGCUGCCCCUGGGAAAAAUAGGAAGGGGCUUCAGCAACAAAGACCCUGAUUUCCAUGAUGACUAUGGCUCUCUUCAAAAUGAAGAUUGCGGAGACGAGGACUCCCAGGGCAGGCCGGAGCAGUGCCGUCUGGAGGGCUUCAAUGGCCUGGAGGUCACCAACGUGUAAGGAGCAGAUGCUCCACCAGACCCAACACAGAGAGGCCCGGGGAGGAAGGACAUCCCGGGACCGUCACCACUGUACAUAGUCAUCUCGGCCUGAGGAUGCUCCUCUGGUCCCUGGAAAUCUCAGCAGGCUGCCGUGACUUUGAAUGGGAUCCUGACGGAACGAGGGGGCACCAGCCUGCCUGCCUGGAGCGGACUGAAGACUUCCCUGCUCCCUGGAAGAAGACUAGCCUGAAGGACCAAUCAGGGUGCCCAGCACCUCCAUUAUCAAGGCUCCACCACUGAGUGACUCAGCCACUGAGCAGUCCAAGUGAUCCUGGGAGCCUUGAACUAAGCCUCCUGGGUAUAAAGAAGCACAGGGUUCCCCAAGAUACCAUCCCAAGAGGAGCAGGUAGGACUCUAGUGAGAUACACAGAGCCCAGUGGUGACGAUUCCAGGAGCUUGCAAAGCUGGGGGUUCACCAUCCUCAUGUGGACCCUUCCAGCCAGCCUGGUGGUGGUCUCAGCUCCCACAUACAUGCCCUCCAUGACCGAGAACUUAGUUUCUGACUUGGGUCGUUGAAUCUCCCUUGGGAGAAUGCAAAACAGGAAGGUCAUUCAAAUCUUAAAAGCCUUGUGUCAUGUCAGCGUGGAUGUGUUGAAGGGCUACCCAGCCCCUUGCCUGGGGAGGGAUGGCGAUGAUCCCUGUAGAGGUGGGGCUGAGCAGCAGCCUUCCUAGGAAGUGUGGAUACCCCAUCAUCUGGAUGAAGGACAUCGUGUCAACAAGACUGGGGAUGACUGAGUUCGGUCUGUGACAACUUAUCCCAAGUGUGACCGUAGAGCAGGGAAAUGCUUGUCUUUGUGCACCCAGCAGACCUUGUCACCUGACACACAGGUGUGCUCACCAGUGCCCUAAUGGAGCUGAGGCUCACCAGUCGCUAAGGUGAUGGAGAGGACCCCCAGCCUUCUUCUUGACUCUGCUGCUGUUUUGCUGUGUGGCUUAUUCCCAGUGGCCUCACCUCUCUGUGCCUCAGCAUCUUCAUCUACAAUAUUUCUGGUUCCCUCCUGGGAAUGUUGUGAGGAUUAACACUUGCUAACGUCUGUAACAUUUGGUACCCUCUCAGGAGACAGGUGGGAAGUUAUGGGGUCUGGGAUGGGUGUCUCAUUUCCCAUUUACAACACAGAAUUGACACUGUACUCACUCUCUCCAGCUGUUUUGGUUGGAGCAAUGAGCACAAGGAGGGCAAGGCAUGUUUAAUGUGCAAGCUCUCUGGGGCCCCCACAGAGCUGGACCCCCAAAAGAGGAAAAUCCCACAGCCCUUGAAAACCAGUUUGAUUCCUGUGUUCAGACUUGAAUUUAUUGACCUCAUUACUGAAAAAUGAUUAGGGAUGGACAGACAGUAUUGGGGUUCCACUUACACUUUGGUUAUCAAAGCACAUGAUUCAUUUGGAACCACGAUGUUCGACUUCCAAUGAGGCCUUUGGCACCGCCAGUCUAUAAAAGGUUGGAAUUUCCAAGACUGGAAGCAGGGGUCGGCCUCCAAGAACCGUCAAAGCACCUGUUCUUCAACUCAAUGGAUGAUUUCCCCGUGAGGGAAAAGCACAAACCUAGGCCCAAUGAGCUUAAGAAAUCCUCCUCCCUGAGGCUGAAGACCAUUAUAUUCUAAACUUAACACAAGCACAGCUUUUCUUACCAUCGGAAACCAAAUGCCUAUUUGGUAGACAGGCGAUGCCCACUCUGGUCUGAACUUUUGACCUCCUAGGGACACAUGUCUGAUUCCUAGGGACACAUGUCUGAUUCCUGGGCCCAAGGAGUGAGGCUCUGGAACCUGACUUGGCUUUGCUGAGGCUCCAAAUCCACUAUCUUUAUGACAUUCAGCCACACAUGUGGGGUUUGAGGCUGCAGUGCCCACAGCC